AUGCGAAGUCCUGGCGAAGACGGGUACCGAACGCCAACGAUAGAAGAUGCUGAGCAGGCGCUUUCGAUCAUGGGAGUCGUUGAAGAAAGCCCCGAUGGCGGGGUUAGUGAGGCCCAUUCAUCCGCCUUGGAGGCUGCACUGCAGCGGGCCUCGUCGCGGGCUACUGUGAAACCGAAUCCGGAACAGAAAGCCAGUGUGUGCCAAGAGCAUAACGGGUUGGGCCUGUUUGGGCUCAAGCGCACAGUUUCUGGCCAGCUGAGCUGGAAAAAACGCAUUCGCCAUAUCACCUGGGCUUAUUUCACGUUGACUAUGGCUACAGGUGGGCUCGCUAAUGUCUUAUAUCAAGUUCCAUUUCGGUUCAAGGGCUUGGAUACGAUUGGCACCGUUGUCUUCCUGGUCAAUAUUGCUUUAUAUCUCAUCAUCUGGGCUCUUCUGCUUGUGCGGUUCUAUCAUUAUCCGUACACAUUCAAGGCGUCGUUCAUGCAUCCAACAGAGUCGCUCUUUGUACCCGCAUCUAUAGUAUCCUUCGGCACGAUCCUAAUCAACAUAUCACAGUACGGUCCCGAAAACACGGGUCCAUGGUUGAUGCGCGCAGUCUGUAUACUAUUCUGGAUCGAUGCCACUCUCGCCGUGAUGUUCACGGCAGGCAUCUACCUCCUCCUUUGGUCAACGCAGACAUUCACGAUCGCGCAGAUGACUCCUAUCUGGAUUUUCCCUGCUUAUCCAAUGCUCAUUAUCGGCCCGCAUGCUGGAAUCCUCAGUGCGAAGUUGGAACCGUCACGGUCUCUAUCGGUUAUCAUUGGCGGCAUGACUAUCCAAGGAGUUGGCUUUUUGGUUUCUUUGAUGGUGUACUCGGCCUUCAUCUACCGGUUAAUGACGCAGAAACUUCCAAAGGAAAAUCUCCGUCCCGGUAUGUUUGUUUCUGUGGGACCGAGCGGGUUCACAGUUGCCGGGUUAGUUACUAUGGCUGCGGAGACGAAGAGGUCAUUUCCAGCCGAUUUCAUGGGUAAUGGGGCACUGGCUGCUGAUGUGUUGAGAAUUGUUGCUAAUUUUUCAUGUCUUUGGCUUUGGGGGUUGGCCAUAUUUUUCUUCAUUAUUGCAAGCGCAGCCCAUUGGUCGGCAAUUGGGCAUGGACGCAUGGUCUUCUCAAUGACCUGGUUUUCAUUUGUCUUCCCUAAUACUGCCUUGAUCACUGCUACCUUUGCUAUUGGUAAGGCAUUCUCCUGCCGGCCAAUUGAAAUUGUUGGUUGUGCAGCGAUCUUACCGUUGCUGUUAAUGUACUUUUUUGUAUGCUAUAUGAUGGUUCGAGCUGUUGCGACGCGACAAAUCCUAUGGCCCCAGAAAGGCGAGGAUAGAGAUGAGGGUGGGUUUGAGAUUUUUCGAGUUAAAUCAGAGGCUGCGGCGGAGACGUUAGGACAUAUAUAG